AGUCUAUCUUAGGCCAUGACUGCUCUGCUUCCCAACGUCAGUGUUCCUGGGAGCACAGCAGUUCUGCUGCCAACUACAGACUAUCCGUUUAACCUGACUGCAGUUUCUCAGGCAGGACUCGGUUCAGGCCAGUCACUGGCACCCCUCUGUACCCUCUGUUGCUGUGGAUUUCUCAAUCGCACCUUGGCAGUGGUGUUCAUGGUCAGCCUUGCAUUUGCCAUCGUGGUUGGAAAUGUGGUCACCCUUACUGUCUUUGUGCAAACGAGGCAGUCCCGAACACCACAGGGAUACCUAAAAGUGUCUCUGGCCAUGGCAGACAUGAUGGUUGGUGUCCUCGUAGUCCCUUUCUCUGUCUACACUGAGAUCUCUCUGAUGGUGACCAGCACUCCUCCUAUUUGGUACCAGGGCAGUUCUACUUCCCUUGCCACCUCCUCUUCUCACAGCGGACAAGUGAGCACUUGGCAGCCCUGCAUGUUGAUUGGCCCAGUGUUCGCUGGAUGCACCUUUGUUUCCAUCAGCACCAUCUUCCUCAUGACACUGGAGCGAAGUGUGGCCAUCUUACGGCCACUCCACAAGGAUGCCUUGGUGACACGGAGACGAACUCUGCUUCUCAUCCUGCUCUCCUGGGCUGCCAGCUUCCUGCUGGCUCUUGCGCCCCUCAUCUUCAGCAGCAACUUCACUUUGGAGUACAAUGAGUGCAGUCGUAUGUGUAACUACACCCCACUAUUGUUUGGAAGCCAGCUGCCACCUGAUGCCAACAUUUUGUUGUUAUUCCCAGCAUUUGACUUCACUCUGCUAGGUGGCACAUUAGCAGUUAACAUUGUGUCUUUCACUAGUAUCCGACGGUACACCCGAAAACGCAAACUGCUCUCAGAGGGGAGUCUGAGUGAUGGAGGAGGACAAGGAGGAGGUAGUGGAGGAGGAGGAGGAGGAGGGGGAGGGUGCCCUCACAGGCCCUCCUUUUCAGACAUCAAAGCUGCCAAGACAAUUGGCAUACUAACAUUCGCCUUCACAGCAUCCUUCUCUCCGAUCGCAGUGUUUGUGCUCGGUAACGUGGUGGGAUACACCUGGUGUAACUUUUCCUUUUUUGCCUUCUGGAUCCUGACAGGAAACAGUUGCUGUAAUGUCAUUAUCUACAGUGUCAGGGACCACCGCUUCAGGAAGGGUGUGACCCUGCUCUUUCAGCGAGAACAGUCCCCCCCACAUGGUGAGAAGACCUGA